AUGGGUGGUGCUGGUUCUGGUGAUUCUAACGCUGCUGCUCUUGAAGAUGGUGUAACUGUUUCUUCUGUCGAUGAUAUUGUUGGUAAUAAUGAUGAUGGUAAAAGAAGAAGAAUAAACUUUGAAUCCGGAAUAGCGUCGAUGCCGUCGCCGAAUUGGUAUUCGAGCACGCAUUUGACGGUUGGAUUGGUGCGCGAUUUUGGUGCGUCGUUGCCGCGUAAUUAUCAUCAUCAUCAUCGAGAAGAAGAAGAAGUGUCGUCGUCGACGUCGAAAACGAGAGGAGGAGGAAAGGGGGUACUGAAUGUAAUCGCGUACUGCGCGAAGAACGACGUGGUUUUGCUCGACGGCGAGACGAGCGCGGUUUUGGGGCAGAUUUCUACCGGGCACCAGAAACGGGCGCUGAGCGUUUCGUUCGUAAAGAGUUGGUUUGAUUUUGACGAAGAUGAAGAACGAGGAGAAAAGAAGAAGAAGAACGAGGACGACGACGACGAUGCCGUGUUUUUAUUGGUGACGACGUCGUCGGACGAUGCGAUACGCGUGCACGACGUCCGGGCGAAGAAGUGCGUGGGGAAGAUAUCGACGCUUUGCGGGACGUCUUCUUCGACGAAGAAUAACAACGCGGAGAGCCCUACCAUUACUACUACUACUUCUGCUACUACUACGUCUUCUUCUUCUUCUUCGCGCUACGGCGCAAAGAAACAGCCGAGCCGGUGUGGCCACGGGAAAGGGGCGGAAGUGCGCGUGGUUGAGAGAGAGAAGCGAGAGCGUGGGAGUUUUAUAACCGGCGACGGGAGUGGGGUGAUGUGCAUGUGGCGGUUAGGAGAGCAUACUCGCGAUGGCAACGGUACUAGUAAUAAUAAUAACAGCAGCAACAACAACAUUGCUAUAAACAUCGAGCCGGAAUUCACGUUCGCGUUUGCGGAGUUCAUGUCGGGAAUAACCGCUUUGGCAAGCAUGGACGCGUAUUCGUCGUCGUUAUCGUCGUCAGAGAAUGCUCCGACUUUUAUCACGGCGGUUGGAUUUGAAUCAGGAGACGUCGCGGUUCACGCGUACAAACCAGGCGGAUUUAGAGAACGGGUAUUUGGUUUAGAAGAAGACGAACGCUUCCGUAAGUCACCUAUUUCCUCGCUCGAUUGGGUGUUUGUAGACGCGACGGACGAGCUUUAUUUAGCCGUCGGAAACAGAAACGGGGAUUUAUAUUUUUGCCUGUUGUCGUCGAGCGACGGCGAUAUGACUUUAGAGAGGAAAGAAAAUCUGAUGUUGCUGAAUAGCGUUGGUAGCUCGAGUAAUAGCAAUAGCAGUAAAAAGUCCAAUGCGUUGACGUCAAAUUCAACGUGCUGGAUGAAUUUCACGUCCAUUCGCCGGCAGAACACGUUUCCGCUGAUGGUGUGUUCGUGUAAAGGAGAAGUUACGAAGCUGGCGUUUGACGUUGAAAGGUUUAUAGACCAUGGAAACAGACCUUUCAGCGCGUGCUCUAUCGUUGGGCUAAAAGCAGAGCGCGCUACGCCAGAUUUUAGCGGACAUAAAAAGUUAGGUUUCUCCUUGGAACUAUUCAAAGCCGCGAAAGAGGAGGAUAACGACGACGAUUCCCCUUCCUUUCGAAUCGUCACGCACGGAUUGGACAGAGCGAUUUGUUUUUACGACGUUUUUGAGGAAAGCGAAGAUGGGUAUAAAUAUCGUUUGAAGGGUCAAAUAUCAACACUUGGUGGCUUUAUCUACGACAUAGAUCAUCACGUGGUGCCGGGAAUCGGUGAUUGGACCAUAUUUGCGUGUGGUGACGGGACUUUGCGAAAAAUGGAAAACGUUGCGCCUCACUCAAAAGUGCCGCAUGAUGUUACUACGUUUGACAAAGCGUUGAAGACGGAAAUUCUAUUUAGAGCAGAUAAGCAACGGAAGAUUACAUCAUGUCGCUUUUAUAUUGAUCGCGAACACGUGACGCGAUGCGUUGUCGUUGGUUUGGACGACGGCACGGUUGGGAUGAUGCGAGUGGAGAAAGAGGACGGAGACGAUAAAUUGACGAGAGAAGAGAAAAAAAUGCGAUUUUUCCCUCAAAAACACCGCGGUGCGGUGAUGCAAAUAGAAAUCGUUCCCUCACUCGAGAAAAUGAACAACACCAUAAACGAAGAAAGUGUCAUCGUUACGCUGAGCGAAACCGGAGAGUUAUGGUAUUGGCGAAGACUUCCUGGAUUCUUCGACGACAAAUCUGACGCGCCUGAACCAUAUCUCGACAUUUCGGCGGCGAUCCGAGAAGGAGAAGAUGAUGGAGGAGAACGUGCGAGUCGCCUUAAAUAUAAAGAUGUCACGAUAUCGCGAUUUGGAUAUACGCGAAGCGCGUCUGCGUUCGUCGUUGGCUAUUCGAACGGGUAUCUGAGUUGCUUUGAGAAUCACAACGCGAUUUUGAAAUUUCGGUGGGAGGAUACGACCUCGCAUUCGACAGAUAUCACCGAUAUAAAGUGUGACGACAACGGGAAGUACGUGUCAAAUACUAGCGUCGCCGUUGCAACAUCCUCAAGCGAUGGUUGUGUGUUUGUGCGCUCACACGCUAAAGAGUACGCUUCUUCAGAAUUUACUGGCAAGAUUUCACACGUCGUGCCGAGAGCCCGGCAAAGCGUUACCCGAUUGGAGUGGUGUAAAGAUGAAAAAGAGGACACGUGUCUCGCGUGCGCUAAUGCAGAUGGUCUCGUGCGCAUCUAUACCGUCGGUGACGUGCAUUCGUCUUCUGAAGUGUCUUUGCGUGCAGUCUUUCGAGGACAUCGAGGCCGCGUUCGGGCGCUGCGUAAUUACGCAUCUCACUCGAAAACGGAGAGCGAGCGCGGCAUCCUUUUCAGUGGUGGUGACGACCAAACCAUUCGAAUCGCCGACGUGAACGAUUUCAGACGCUCGCCAGAUAUGGGUAACCAGUGUGCGAUGUACGAAAAGGAGAAACCAUCUCCUCUACCGUUUCGUCAGAGUCGAAGUCCUAUCGCUCGAGAUGAAGAGGCCACAGGUAAUGACGGCGAAGCAGAAACGGAGAAGACAGGGAGGGAAGGAGUACCGACAGUUGAGAAAGCUGCGGUGAAGCGCGAAUCUCGCGCGGCGAAUUCUGGACACACCGGUCACGUUUCUACGACUACGGUUCCCAAACCGUCAAAAGCGCAGUCGUUAUUUAAAACCGAACCGUGGGAAUCGACGGCUAAAGGUGCCGAAGUUUCCGAAUCUAAAGCCCUCGAGCUUUUGACGCUAAUUGACGACACGUACCGAGAUGAUAAGUCAGACGCAAAUUUUGCGUACGGGCCCGAAGGGAACGCGUUGUACGAAAAACCAGAAUCGACGAGAAGGAUGUUGGAAAUUAUGCGCGUCAAAUCGAGAAAAGAGGAAGAAGAGAGAAAACAAACUCAGAGCAUCGUCGCGAACGAUCAGCAGCAAAGGAAAAAAACUCCCGAGUUCCAGUUUCCAUCUUUACGCUCUGCUGAAAAGCGAGCGGCUAUGGCAAUGUAUGCUGAUGAUUGGAACGGUGCUGCGUACGAGUUGUUCACAGAAACGAAUGGUCCCGUGUAUUCAGAUUUGCUCCCCGCUAUACUUUCAAGUGGUGGCAAAGAUCUUUAUGAUAUUUGUCAGAACGAACAAGCGAAUCGGUUUAUCGAUAGAGAAGAGUAUCAGCGAGCUGCGUUAUGUUUUUUAGCCAUGAAAGGUAAUGGGAACAAUAGCGGUCUUCACAAAGCCGUGCGGUGCUUGCUCGAUGGUAAUUUACCUCGCGACGCGUGCGCUUUGGCGACGUCGAGAUUACCGAAAGCUCACGAAUUAUGUUUAGAAUGUUAUCGAGCUUUAGCUACGUUUGAAGAGCAGAGAGGUGCUAGUGGAGCAGCCGCAAAGUCACACAUCGCGGCAAACAAAUUAAAGAAUGCCAUGCGCGCAUUGGUGAGGAAAGGCCAGUUUGGAUGCUACGCCGCUGCGCGAUGCGCCUUUGCCAUGUUUCGAGAAGACUUUGGCGUUUCAAAUUCGAAAAUCAUCGACCAAGGUGGCGAAACCGAUGUUUCUCUUUCUUCUUGGUAUUGCUCGGAUGAUUCAUACGAACAAAGUAUAGUUUUGAAUGCGUUAAUCGAUCACUCUCUGUGCUCGACUGCCGGCGGCGACGUCAGAGAACGCAACCCGGACAACGGUCUUCUUUUUCAAGAUUUACCUCGUCCGCAAGAGAGCAUAAAUAAAGAAUAUAAACUCUUGAGCGAUGAAGCUGAUUACCUCGCGGCAUCACUGUGCGCCUUAGAAAACGAGAAGGACCUCUUUCCGGCGUAUCCAAUCGUCCAGCGCUUCUGGUACGUGGAAUGCUUCUCGACAAUGGUGAAGAUGACGCUCCGGUGUUUGAUAAUGGAAGAAGGAGAAGAAGAAUACCAUACUUUGUUCCAAUACGUGCAAACAUUCAUCGAAACUGAGCGCGUUAGGAAAGCGAGUUCAUCGUCAGAGACAAUUGGCGACGAUGCAAAAAUAUGGGGCCUUCUCUUCAAACGUGUUUCUCUGUUUGCCUUUUCAUCUUCUUCCGGUAGCGAGACUGACUGUCCGUCCUCUCCUUUGAAACUGUUGCAAUUUGCCGUGUGUUUCGCUUCCGCGCUCGCUCGUGACGCGAAAGGGAAGAUGCUCGGAGAAGCGACGGGAGCAUCAGCAUCAGAAGCAGAAGGUUCCUCAGGCGUCGGCAUUAGUGGGUACGAGUUUUACGCUCACGGCGCGCUCAAUCUCAAGGACGACCACCGCGACGACGCCGAAACGAACGCGCUUUCGCCUUCUUCGUCCUCCGUCCUUUCCCGCGCGGUAUUUUUAGCCUCAAAAUUCGGAGUGCAGGAAAAUGGUACUCUUUUACAGUUCUGUAAUAGUAACAGUAGCGGUAGCAGUACUAGUAGCAAUAGCGUUAGUAAUAGAUGA